UCCGCAGAGCAGAGAGCCCAGGCAAAACCCUUCCGUGGCUGGCUUGACGGGCGGCGGCGGCGGCGGCGGCGAUGCGGUUCACGGCGUCUCCGGUGGUGGAGCUGCCGGUGGGCGGCGCGGUGCUGAGCUUCGAGCAGGACAACGACUCCUUCGAGGUGGGCACCUCGGUCUGGAACUCCUCCCUCGUCCUCGUCAAGUUUGCCGAGCGCUGCCUCGGCGACGAGGCGCUGCCCUUCGCCGACGCGCUCCGCUUCGCGGGCGCCCGCGCCAUCGAGCUCGGCGCCGGCUGCGGGCCCGCCGGCAUGGGGCUCUCCCGCCUCGGCCUCGCCGACCUCGUGCUCACCGACACCGCCGCCGUCUUCCCGGCCCUCCGCCGGAACCUCCGCCGCAACCGCCGCCACCUCCCGCGCGCGCCCCGCCUCGCCCAGCUCCACUGGAACUGCCCCGCGCACCUCGCCCAGCUCGCCGCCCCGCGCCGCUACGACCUCGUCGUCGCCGCCGACGUCGUCUACGUGCAGGAGUCCGUGCCCCACCUCGUCGCCGCCAUGGACGCGCUCGCCGACGCCGACCGCGGCGUCGUGCUCCUCGGGUACCAGAUCCGGUCCCCCGAGGCGCACCAGGCCUUCUGGGACGCCGUGCCCGCCGCCUUCCCGGUGAUCGAGAAGGUGCCGCGGGAGCACCUCGACCCGGAGUACGCCUUCGAAGAAUCCGAUGUGUUUGUGCUCCGCAGGAGGCCGCGGCAGUGAGAUUUCGUUCUUGUUGCCAGGCAUUUGCUCGUCAUUUGCAUAGCAGUGGAGUGUACUGUCGGACAAAAGCGUCGAGGAAAGAAGGAUCAAGGCCAAGGUGGUCUUGUCUGAUGAUGAUGACCGGAGCGAAUCCAAGGUUCUCGUGCAGGUUAAGUGGAAGAGGAAGGAGCUCAAUUUGGGUGAGAAGCGGAUGAUUUGUGUAAAAGGGAUAUUCAAAAAUCGACAAACAGUUUUUUUAAAAACGGUUAAUCAACAACUUUAUUUUACACUUCAAA